CGGAUGCAGAGGAGGAGCAUCAAGCAGAGCAGUGUGAGGGGCCCAGGGCAGCCCCCACUCCCUUAAGAGCUUGUCACUUUGCCUAAAUCAGACCAUGGGUGGGGUGGAUGUCUCCCUGGCUUCUGCGGAAAUGCAAGUCCACAGAAUGCAAUGCAUCUUGGUGAAGGAACCUACUAAAUCUUGUUUCUCCCUCAGGUCAAAGCACAGGGAACCCGAUGGCAGGGCAUUUGACAGAGAAAGAAGAGGGAGGUCAGAGCCACAGAACGUCUCAAGCAAGGUGCCUGUCUUCAGUUCCGUCCCUGCUGCCAUCUAGAAUUAGCUACAAGAAACCACCUUUAUGUCGGAGAGGAAAUGGUGGACUAGGGAGGUACGUUGGUCCAAUUUGGGCUGGUGAAGGCUGCGGAGGGCUAGGUUCAGGAUGCAGCUGCACCCCAGAACUUCCUUGGCUUCUCCGGCUCUCCAUUCUCCGGACUAACUCUGGCAGGGAAUAUAUUUUGCACACAAGCAUUUCAGAGAUGUGGUGGGGAGAAGGAAAAAGAGCCGUUAUUAAAAACAAAACAAAACGAUAAAACCUCUUCCUCUGGCAUCUCUGAGGGCUUCUAGGUCAGCUCUGAGGAUGGCUUUUCGAGGAAACACCCACAUUGUUCUUUUUCUGUUUCCGGGACACAGUUCCCUCUCCGGCAGAUAGAAUUUGUGGCCAGUUUUUUCAUCUCUCACUGCUCCCGUGUUUUUUUGAAGAGACUAGAAACCAAUGAGAGAGGCUGCGUAGGAGAGGAGGGAGGGUUGCUCCAAGACCUGCUGCAGAACUUGCAAGAUAUUCCAGGACCUCACAGGCUGGAUUCUGAGAGAGCAGCAAUUUAAGCCUCUCAUUCUUGGAAGAAAUGGCCUGCUACCAGUCGCUUGGCCAAACACACCACAACACAAUGGAAAGGCUUCAGAAGGGUGGAAAAGACGCUGCCACCACAGGUGGAGGAGAAGAGAGCCUAACUCCAGGAUCAUCUCUGUUGAGGAUUGUCCUGGUGGGCAAAACAGGCAGCGGAAAGAGUGCCACAGGGAAUAGCAUCCUCUGCCAGCCAGUGUUUGAGUCCAGGCUGGGGGCCCAGUCCGUGACCAGGACGUGCCAGAAGGAGAUAGGCACAUGUAAUGGGAGGAACAUCCUAGUGGUUGACACGCCCUCCAUCUUUGAGGCAAACGCCCAGACCCAAGAGACGUACAAGGACAUUGGCGACUGCUACCUGCUCUUGGCCCCAGGGCCCCAUGUGCUGCUGCUGGUCACCCAGCUGGGGCGCUUCACUGCCCAGGACACAGUGGCAGUGAGGAGGGUGAAGGAGAUCUUUGGGGCAGGAGCCAUGAGACACAUGGUCGUCCUCUUCACCCACAAGGAGGACUUAGACUGUGAGUCCUUGGAUGAUUACAUAGCAAACACGGACAACCACAGCCUAAGGAUCCUGGUCCAGGAGUGUGGGGAGAGGUACUGUGCCUUCAACAACCGGGCCACCGGGGAGGAGCAGGAGGAGCAGCUGGCCCAGCUGAUGGCCAUGGUCAAGAGGCUGGAGAUGGAGCAUGAGGGCGCCUUCCACAGCAACGACCUCUUCUCUGAUGCACAGAUGCUCCAGCAAGGGGGGGCCAGGGCGUGUGGAGGAGACCACGGGCGCUACCUGGCCAAGGUGCAGCUGCAGGUUGAAAAGCAAAGGCGAGACCUGAAAGAGAGCGAGAGCAACUGGGCAUUCAAGGUGUUCCUUAGAGCCAAAAACUGGAUGAUUUCGCAUCAUGAGUUUUGUGUUUUUCUUGUUUGGUGCAGCUUACUUUUUCUUCUUAUUUUUCUGGUCAUCUUGUACCAUCAUUAAUUCUGUAUGUCAUCUGUAUGUCAGAGCAUUUUCUAAAGGAUCCCCUCAUGGGACUCAUUGUUCUACGUGUCACC